GUCACGGGGGGCGGGGUUUGUCUUGUGUUGUUGAGGUUGGCAGUGAUGGUGGCCUGGAAGGGGCUGAUGGUGGGUCGUGCUGUCGCCUGCUGUUCUGGUGAGUUGAACCCCACGGGCUGGUCCUGGACUCGCUUUACAUUGAUUAUUAUUGUCCUCAUUAAUACCAUGGCCGCAUUUACUGACUCAAUGAAAGCGCUACGGAAUCUGUUGGCGCUAUAUAAAUGAUAAUAAUGAUAAUGAUUGAAAUUUUUCAUUAAACCUCUUAUUGUGAUUAUAAUCCGGGCAGGAUCCUGCUCAUACUGCCAAGCUUUGAUCAGGGAAAUAUAAACUCAAUAAUUUUAUUUUAUUCCAUUAUUAUUAUUAUUACUUCUUUACCGGGAUCAUAUAAAUUAUUUAAUAUUUCCUUAUCAAACCAUGGCAGCAGUCAGUUCCAUAAACUUAUUAUUUUGAUUUAAGACCAGGACAGUUUCCUGUUAGUGUUUGCAUUGAUUAAUCUGGAAAUUUUAAUUGCAAAUUUUCAGACAAAAUAAAAGAAUCUGUUGUGAUUUCUCCACAAUUCCUGGUCAAUGUACACAGUAAUAUAAUAAGUAAUAUAAUGUCAAGUCAUUUACUUCAUUCCUGCUAGGAGACGUAAUCUCUCUGUCCACCUGUGGGCAUGUUUGUUUUAGACCCAAUAUGUAUUCAUGGGCACAUAUUGUGUGGCAGGUGGCUUGGAUUCCGGUUCCUGGGUGGUCCAGUGGGACUGCAAAUCUGCUUCCAGGUGGCCCAGUCUGCUUGUCUGCACCUUAUGUGGGGGCAAGCCAGUGUGAAUGCUCCCUUUUGGUCUGUGACUGUGAGGGAGCUUCUGCAGUGAUCUGCACUAACUGAAGGUGCAGACCUGCAGCUCCUUUUCUAUUGUGAGUGAGCGCAGGGAUGUUGACGAGAUGUUUAGAUCUUCCCACCUGCACAUGCAGCUGUAAGGGAUCACUGCAGAGCCAGGACUUUAAUGUUUGCAAUGGCUCUACUUUAUAUUUCCUUUGGGGGAAAAACAGAUUUAUUUUUUAGUUGUUAAAAGUCAUGUUAACACACAUCUGGAGUUUGGAUGCAUACCCUGAAUAUAGUGUAUACUCUAUUCCAGUAGUGAAUGGGUUAGUUUUAAUAUAUUCAUAUUAUGCAAUGGCUAGAAUUCUUUUGUAAUAAUUAUUUGUUAUUUUACAUAGAUGCCCACUUCACAAAUGGAACCAAAUUUCUCAAAGCAUCAAAAUCAGAAACAAGGAUCAUUAACUAAUACUGUUCAGACACUAAAGACCAUUGAAGAUCUGUUCUCUAGGUAUGUUUUACAUCUUCGCUGUCAACCUCAAGGACAUCUAAAUGGAUUAUACAUCCAUUCAAUAAAUAAACCCAUAAAAAAGGUACUCUGCAAUAAAUAAAAAAAGUCUUGUUUUUGUUUGCUAAAAUGUAAUUUAUACAUUGUGUAAGCCAAAUGGUUGCUGAAUGUAUAAAUUUGCAGAAAAAUUUAAAAAUAAAAUAUCAAACAUGUGUGUCAACACUUGUCUGUAAGGUUUAUCAACAAAAGAGCAGCGCCUGCCCUAUGUUAUCAGAAUCAAAAUCAUUUCCAACAAUAAUAUGUAUUAUUCCAGCAACAGAUCAGUUCAUGUUCAAAAAUAUGACAGCAUAACAAGAAAGGGUUAAAGGGAAAUUGUCCGUUCCGAUUUUUUUCAUUAUUAUGUUUUAAUACGGCUUAAUGUGGUUGUUUUGGUUUUUUUUUCUCAAUCUUUUAAAAAAAUUUUUAUUUGAGACAUGUGUAAAUAAGCAGAGCAUGGUAUAAUCAGGAGUACUAUAGGUGAAAUCAGCUCAAAGGAAGAAACUCAUAGAGAAGUCUACCUCAUUUUUAAAUGAUAUAUAAACAUUGGAAAAACAAACUAGGUAUACAUAGCUAUUCAGUAAUAGAAGCCAGAAGCAUGGUAUAGGCUGACUGCAAAAAGAUUACAGCAUAACUAGGAAGAUCAUUGUAUAACAUACACAUGCCAGAGACAUAUGCAAGAGAUGUAACCACUGGAGUUAGUCCUAUCACCAUAUUGCAGCACCAAAUAAAAUAAAAAAUCAAAGAAUUUCAACAGAAGGAGAAAUAAUGAAAUGCAUAACAUGAGUGAGAAGAAAAUGACAUCCGCCAAUAUCAGAUCAGGGUUGAAUUCAGUUAGUGAGUCAGUUGAUAGGUCAGCAGACUCCUGAAAGUGGCAAGGCUAUGGAAAUCUAUAUACAUUUCAGCAAAGCAGCACUGCAAUGGGACACCCCUCCAGCUAAAGUCCUGUUCAAGGGCCAGCAUCAGCGCACCACAAACUCAGUUGAUCUCGGAGAUCAAGUCUGUUCUCCAGUGGGGGUAGUCGGGGGAUCUUCCGUCUGUGUGGACAAUGCAAAGAAGCCAUACCUCUAAUGGCCUUGCACAAAGGGAGCCCUUCCAUCUUCAACAGCGCUCCUCUCUUCUCACGUUCCUAUUCUUUUGCAAGCUAUAUUAUUUUCAUUGGCUGUAAUCUGUAUAUCAAUUGGAUUUAUUCAUCCUUUAUUGCUUAGAUAACCUUUUCUGUAUUUUCCAGGGUUAGUUCCUGUGAGUAUUCAUUAGACAGGGCUCCAUUGGGGCUUACGCUAGAGGAUCUAGAACAGCCAAGUUGUUCCAAUCCAAUACCGAAUAUGUCAAAUACCAGGAAUAAAAUCCCUGCAUCCACUGGAGGAGACUCUUUAAGGAGAAUCAGAGAUCAGGUAUAUAUGUCCGCUACCAAACCGAAAAAUGUCACCGUUCAUUAUCUCGUUCUUUUCUGCUCAGUUAUCUGGUGGUCCUAACAUGAUGUCAAGAUUGCCAACCUGCUUUCCCCUGGUCUGUAGCCAUUAGUGCCCUGCCAGGGGAUCUAGUGCCAUUUUGUGAUGGAAACUGGAGUCCUGUUACAAGUUGGAAACCACUAAUUAGUACACAACCAAUUUUAUGCCCGGCAGUAUCUAUACAAUAGUUCAUCAGACUGCUUGUUGAUUAACAUAAUGCUUAAAUAAAUUAGUAAAAUAUACUCUUCUCAAGUGUUUUUUGGUUUGCAGAAAACUUGUAGCAUCUGCUGAUUCUAUUUUCUCAACCAGUCCUAGUUCGUCCAUUGUUUCCAAGUACAUUCUGUGGAUAUCACAUAAACCCUUAGCCCACCCAAGUGUAUAUAUUAUAUAUUUUAGCUUUUGCUAAUACUUUAAUGAUGAAAACCGUAAUUGAAAAUAUUUGCUAUGUGUAUAUAUAUAUAUAUAUAUAUAUAUAUAUAAAAGUGUCCGGACUGCACUCACGGUCUUAAAGUUGAAAAUGUUUCUUUAUUCCAUAUAACAAAUCAUUUGUUAUAUGGAAUAAAGAAACAUUUUCAACUUUAAGACCGUGAGUGCAGUCCGGACACUUUUUGAUAGAUAUAUAUAUAUAAUUUUUUUUAAAUACGUGAUGAUAUUUCCACAAGCAUUUGUGGUGUGUGGCUGUAACUAGACGUGUACAAGUCAUUUAGCUAUUAGUUAUAACACAAUAUUAUAUUGCUUUUUGUAAUAAGUACUUGUAACUUAUUUUUCAUUAAUGUGAUUUUCUGUUACUUAUGUCCAGACCUUCUCCUCUCAAGCUGUGUCCUUCAUUAACACUGAAGAAGAAAACAGCCAUUUAAGGUUGAAAUUGAAUACUCUCAGGGAGCAAAAUGCUUCCUUGUCAUCCAAGAACCACUCUCUAACAGAGAAACUAGAGUCGGUGCAAGUAAAGUUGUUCAAGUCAAAAUCACAAGUAUGUAUGUUUUCAUGAAACAUUGAAACCAGGUAACAAUAAAGUAACAUCUGCCAGUUCAACAUAUUUUUAUUGCCGCUCUCAGAAUUUCAAAAAGUCUAUUCUAAAGUCCGAGUAUCUGUUUUUUGGGUUUUUUUUUUGACACCUAUUAAAUCAGUCAAGCAAAGAUUUGCAUAAACAUUCAAUAAACGAUUUGCAAAGCUUUAAAUGUAUCUGAUUUAAAAAUCAUUGUAAGCUAUUUAUACAAUCUCACCUAUGGGUAGUUUAUUAAUUUUUAGUUUGUUAUAUGCUUGUUCUUUAUUUUAUGAUUAUUUUCCGAAUUUAUUUUGAAAGUAUAAAGGCUUUUUCUGUGGUUUUAGGUACACUUUUUUGAGACUUCCCUCGGAACCUGCAAAUCUCGAAUAGUUGAACUUGAGGAGCACAUUGUGAGUUUGGAAGCCAAAGCCGAGGCUCAUGAGAAAGCAUUAAGGUGAUUAUAUAUAUCUUGAAAAAAAUAGAAACAAGAUAAUCGUUAACGUGCUUUUAACAUGCAGAGUGAUUGUACUGUGGAGUAAGUCACCAGAACAAAUACAGCUUAAUGUAGUUGUUCUGGUGAGUAUAAUCAUUAUAUGCAGACAUGUUCAUGCAAACACUGGCCUUUCAGAGAAUGGCCACUGGAGGUGCUUUCUGGCUCAGUGCUGCACAGUAGGCAGCAGUGCCGUUCAGCGUCUCCACGCUCUGCAUGGGUCUGCUGAAUUUUUCUCGUAGAGAUGCAUUGAUUCAAUGCUUCUCUCUGAGGAGGUGCUGAUUGGCCAAAACUGCGUUUUGCCCCGCUCUCUUGCUGUUUUUAGCCAAUCCAAUGCUUUCCCGAUUGGCUAAAUAUCGACAAUUCUGUUUAAGUCACCAAGGGGGCGCAGCCAGUCCAGGCGGACCCCGCGGCGCUGGAAAUAAGGUAAGUUUUAAUUCCUUUUAAGGGGGCCGGGUGGGGACAAGCCACCUAAGUGGUGGGUUUGCACUAUAAGGUCAGGAAUAAAUGUUUGUGUUCCUGACCCUAUAGUGUUCCUUUAAAAUACUUUAGACUACAGCAUAAGGCAAGCAGGCAAAAAGGAAAUAAAUACCGUAUAUUUAAAGAUAUUACGUAACGCACUCGGGAGAUAGAUAUGAUGGCGGUUUUAUUUUUGCCAUAAGGAACAAACUGACCGGAAUAUAUCACCAAGAUGCUGAGUACAUUAUUAAAAAAACCAAAAACAUUUCCAUGAUUUCAUCAAGUGACAGUCAAUAAUAUUCAUACGAUGUCAUCUGUCUUUUUUUAUUUUAUUUUAUUUAUUUAUUUUAUACUAAUAAUGUAAAGUAAACAUUUAAUUUGACAGUGUAUGGAUUACCAGACUAUCUUCAGGUAGAUAUGGACAUUUUAAUUUAUAUGUUAUGCUUGCAAACUGGACACACAAUACAUAGAUUAAAAAAGAAACAGAAACAUACCUAAUGAUCCCUGUGUGUAUGUGUGUACAUAGUCUAGCAUAAUGUGUUUUUAUGUCACAAUGUUUGUUUUAUUUAGUCUAAUAAUUGUUUGUAUGUUUUUACAUUACUGUUGCAGAAAAACAGAAGAUCAGCUACAACAAAACCAUCAUACGCUGUCUGAAAAAGAGAGUAUUUUGCACAGUUUCAGAGAAGAGCUAAAGAAGGUGAAGGUGGAGCUUUAUGAAUCGAACAAGCAGUGUAAAAGGUGAGAGAAUAUAAACUUGAUAUUUACUGGCUAAAUAGUUUACUAGUUUAUUGCCGUAAUAUAGAGCAGGACUAGGCAGGCUUGGGCACUCCAGAUGUUGUGGACUACAGCAUUAUGGGAGGUGUAGUUCACAACAGCUAUGGAAGGCUACCGACUGCUGAUCUUGAGGCUAUAGAAAUAAGCCUGAAACAUUAUUCACUGGGACAUUGUGGAUUUGAGCCCUUUUUUCUUUUUUGUAGAUAAUGCAUGAGAUGAACAUACAUAAAUAAGUAAAUAAAAAGGUUGAACACACACAUUCUCUUAUUAGAAAUCCUUUAACAUUGGGGAAACGUGUUGAAAAUUGACAGGGAACAGUCCCUGGCACUAAAUGACCACAAAAAAAUAAAUAAAUUGGCUUCACAACAUGAAUACUAUUUACAACACAAUCAGUAUUUAUAUCUUUUGCAUAUUAUAUAUUACAAUGGAUACAAAAGCACUUAUAAAUAUUUGAUUACCAAAACCUUUGCAAAUAUUCUCCUCCUUGUCCAACAAGUGGUAUUGGACCAAACCCCAUAUGCAGACGUACUCAAGAUGUCUGUAUAUGGCUUUGAACAACUUGUACUUUGCAAGGCCAUCUCUGAUUAUUGACAGUCAGUGGAAUUAAUGUGGAAAUAAUUGGUCUCUUGAAAGUCGAAUACACAUAUCCACUGAGAUUGGCCUAUCCAAGUACACCUAUUGUUUUCAAUGGGAGCACUCGGCAUACCCUAUGAGUGUGUUGCUUAUGGGCUAUGUGGCUCUGCUAUUGAGAGUACUUUUUGUCAUGAAUAUAAUAUAAUUGAAAGCUAAGGCAGCUUCUUUCUGGCUGGACAUCUUUUUCUUUUUUUUUUUUUGUUUGUUUCCUACUCAUCUAUCAUACAUUCUCCCUCACUGAACUAAACAAGGGGUUAUACAAAUACUUAUGGAAGGAGUGUAAGUGUUUGUGGUGUUUGUAGUGCCCCUGUAAUAUAAGCAUUUGCUGGGGGUUUCAGUUUUACAUUCAAUGGAUAAAUGUGCAUACCAUCCUGAUGCUAAUAUAGUCAUCCAUUUAUUUUUAAAAUAUAUUUAUUGCAUUGUUUAUUAGUGUUUUUUUUUUUUUUUUUUGUCUUUAGAGCUGAAACCCAGAGGAAUGCUGCACUGCUUAAUGCCGAAGAAUUAACAAGAGCUUUUCAACAGUACAAAGCAAAUGUUGCUAAGAAACUGGAAAAGGUAUAAUAAUGAUUUAUAAUGGGAUUUAGCUAAGGCUGGCCGGUACCUGGUGUGCUUGGUGCCCAUGCUUAUCCACUGCAGUGUAAAGAUGCUUCAGACUUCAAAAGUGGCCAAAGUGAAUAGAAGCACUUAAUAUCAAUUCAUUCUUGCAAACCUCAAAGAGGAAAACCCACGACAAAAAGGAAUAUUUAAUGUAAUGCACGUUUUUAUUCAAGUGAAUUUAAUAAUCGUUUUUGAUUUGGCAUUCAGCAUUGAAUGACAUUGGCCUAUCGAACAAACAUAAAGGACAAACCAUAUACUCUAAGAAAUGAUACCAUUUAUUAGACUAUGAAACUUUUGGACUACAGUAUAGAUUGCAGAAAUUGUUACUGGUUUUGAAUUUACAUAUAUCCUGAAAACUAGUGAACUGGCCGCCCCUUCCUCCUGCCUCCAAAUCUGACCAAGUUUUAGUAGAGGCUGAAAUGGAUGCUGUAAGCUGGAAUACACUUAAUUAUUUUAAUAUAUAGUGAUAGUCGAAUACUCCAGUCACUUUACAGACCACGGUGUAUGGAAAAUAACAGCUUAGGAGCCAGAACAAUUCAGUGUAGCAGUGUUUGUAUAGGGCUAAUGUAGUAUAUGAUACAGUUAGUCUGAGCUCUGCAGAUAAUUCCACUGUUAGAAUUCAGCAAUCACAGGAUUACUGACAAAAGUGUUAAUUUUCAAAGCAUCGGAAAGAAUAGCUGAAUUAGAAAAAAAAAAUGAAUUUUCAGUCUGGCUAUUUUUGCUUAAAAUUUGAAAUUCACUCUAAUUCUCAGAAGUGUACAAUUUUUAGUGCAUAAACAUGUGAUGUAUUUAGAGUUGAAUAUGUUUACAAUAGCGUUUUAAGGAACUCAUUCCAUUUUCACUAGGUUAAAGACGAAGAAGAGUUGCUCAACAAAAACUUCACAAACUGUGAACAACAGAGGAAAAGUCUGCAGGAAAGAUGUGGAACGCUGGAGAAAGAUCUAGAGAACAUGAAGGAGCACUUAAGGUUUAAACCAAUGUGUUUUAAAGAUGCUUGUUCAUUAAAAUGUGAACAUCGUGGAAGGGAACCUAGAAUUUGUUUUUGUUUUUUGAGGACCAUUUGCAGCCAACAAGCCACUAUUGCAAACACACAAUUUAUGUAGGUUUUACUGUUCCAAUGAUGCUUCUGCAUCAUGGAUCUAAAGUGGACGUGUCAUGGUUCCUUUUACAGCAUUGAGGUCUAUAGAGGGUCCAGUGAGAGCGCGGAAUCCUCCAUAGACAGAGCCAAUUCCAUGCAGAUGUCCCUGGAGACAGCUUAGGGAUUGAUACUUCUAGAAGGCGGUAGCUCUGCCCAAUGUCUAGAAGUGUCAAAUUAAAUUCAGUGAAAUCCCAACACAGGCAAUAUGAGUAUUUUUAUAAAGAUUUUGCAGGUGGAGUAACAGUGCCGCGUUAAUAGUUUUUCACUACAGUGUGAAUUGUUGGGAUUUCACACUGAAUUUUAAAUCUUAUCAUUGCUGUCUUAAAGAAUGUUUCUAAAUUUGAUGAUUUUGCCUACAGUUGCAAAUUCAGUUUGCUUUUUACAUUAAAUUCAUGACCAUUUACACUUCUGGAAAAUAACCCCAAAUAUUUCAACAAGCUGAAAAUCCAUAAUUAGAGAUUAGCGACUCAGAUUUUACUAAAGCUGUACGUAGCCAUCUUAUUGGAAAAGCUUUAUCAGUGUCUAGUGCUUCCGAUUUUUCAUCUUUAGUGCUAUCAUGUGAUUGCACCCGCUGCAUCUGAUUUCAAUUUAUUCCUCAGGGUCUUACAGUUAGAAAAGGAUAUUGGACAAGGAAGACAGGCUUGUGGACAAACCAACAACACAGAACUUAUUUCUCUGCUGACUCAUUCCAACCAAAGAAUUCUCAGGCUAGAAAACGAGCUUGAAAUGAAAGAACAAGUUAUAAAGGAACAAAUUGGUUUCCUGCAAGAAAACAAAGAAUUGAAGGAUCGUCUUGCUCAACAAUCCCGGCGGAAUGAAAUGAAAAUUUCUGGAUCUGAGAUUGGUAGCACAGAAUGUGUUCCACGGUUACUGGUAAAGCAGUUCAUCGUGUCACAUCUUUUAUUUGUAUAGAUUUUAAAUAGAAUUUAGGAAACGUACCGUAUAUACUCGUGUAUAAGUCGAUCUCAUGUAUAAGUCGAGGGCAGUUUUGUGACCAACAAUUGUGAAAUAUGCUAUGCCUCGUGGAUAAGUCGAGGGUAAAACUUGGGGCUAUGACAUUCUGUGAUUUUUAGAAUUAUAUACACACGCACACUCAUACAAACACACACACUCUGCAUUAUAUACACACACUCUGCACUUUACAUAGCGCUUUACAAUAUACAUGUCAAGUGUGUAUAUAAUGCAGAGUGUGUGUGUGUUUGUAUGAGUGUGUGUGUAGAAUGCAGAUUGUUUGUAUGAGUGUGUGUGUAUUUAAUGCAGAGUGUGUGUGUGUGUGUGUGUGAGAGAACUGGGUGGGAGGAGGGCAUUUUUAUUAUACAUUUUUUUUUUUUUAAUUCUUUAUUUUUGGUUUGACAAAGUAGAUGGUAAUCAUGAAAGCAGUUACAUUUAUGUACAUGACAGCGCAGUCAUACAUUAGCAUAUAUAAUGCAAGUGACAGUUGUCAGUUUAGGCAUAUCCUAUACAUCAAAUUUUCUGUAGGUGACUCCGUCUGAAUUUUUGGUAUGGGUGGCAAGCAGUGUUAACUAUGUACAAUAGCUUUGCUGUGAAGGGUUAGGCUUAUAGAGUGGAGUGUCGGUCUCGCCGCUUCCUGGGGUAUGCGACUGCGCCCUCCCUCCCUUCUACGCACCACAAAACACUGAUGUGCUUUUAUCUGCCUUUCCCCUUCUGCCUACUUACAGGUCUGGGGUGCCUGCCUACAAGAGAGAGAUAGAAAGGAAAGUAAAGAGUUGGAGACAAGUACCUGCGUGUUUAGCUAUAUCGGUUUGACAUGGUUACCGAGUGAGCUACCGACGGGGGUAGUCAGUUCCCUUAAGUUGUGUUUUGUGUGCUGGGCCCGGCCCCACCCUCGUCUAGCAGUGGUGCCUCUUCCGCCUGUCCGAGUGUUGAUAUGGUGGUUGGCGUUUGGUGGGCCCCCGCCCCGCCAGUUGAAAGUUGCGUGGAUGCUGCCCCGCGCCCCAAGUUGUUGUGCUAAGUAUCGUAUUGCUCCCAUAGGUCCCAGACUUUUUGGAAUUUAGUCAUGGUGUUUCGCACCUGAGAGGUCAAUUUAUCCAUUAUGUAAUUGUCUCGCAUUUUUGUCUUAACCAGGGAUAUAUGUGGGAGAUCUGGACAUGACCACUUUUGUGCUAGGGACCUUCGGGCCGCUAAAUAGAGCAUGUUAAGAAGUCUUUGCUCGUGUCUAGGGAGAUCCUUUGUGGGUCUUGAGAGCAGACAUGCCCAUGGGUCUAAUCCCAGUCGCCUUUGCAGGAUUUGGGAGCUAAGCUCCACAAUGUUACUCCAGUAGUCUGUGACCUUCGGGCAGCCCCACCACAUAUGUAUAUACGUGCCCCGCCCCCCGCACCCGUGCCAGCAGUCGUCCGUGGGACUUAGCCCCAUAUGUUUCUGUUUCACGGGGGUCAGGUACCAUCGAAAUAGUGUUUUAUACGAUUGCUCUUGGAGCGUCACACAUAUUGUGGUUUUGCUACAUGCUUCCCAUAUGUCCUGCCACUCCGUUCCCUCUAAUACCUCCCCCAGGUCGGCUUCCCACUGGUCGGUGUAUCGCAGCGUGCCCUCCUCGUUCGAGUUCCCAUUGAGGUGGUUGUAUAGUAGCGUAAUGAGUUUAGUUUGUGUUGUCUCAUUGUAACAUAGUUUUUCGAAGAAGGUCAGUGGUGUCAGAGCCGCCUUCCGUAUGUCAGGGUUUUGUGCAAAGUCACGGAUCUGCAUGUACCUAAAGUAGUCUCUUGUUCGUAAGUUGGCUUUGGUGGCUAGGUGUUCGUAGGUGACUACAUUUUGGUUCACAUAUAGGUGUACGUAUCUUUGGAGUCCCGUGGCCUCUAUCCCCUUAUAGUCUCUCGCCUGCAUUUCGGGAGGGAAGGCCCUAUUCCUAAGGACUGGUGUCAUGGGGGACGGGUGGGAGCUGAGGGCGUAUUUUGUUUUGGUUUGGUCCCAAAUCUGUAUGGAGUUGAGUAUGGCUGGGUUCGCUGUUCUUAAUAUGGCUCUUUGCGCUUUGGGUGCCCAUAUUGAAAAUUGCGAGAGAUCCUGACCUGUCAUCAGCGACUCUAGAUCCACCCACCGUCUCCUGUCAGGAGGUGUGUGCCACUGUAUCACCUGUGUCAGCUGUGCAGCUAGAUAAUAGGUGUAGACAUUGGGUAGUCCCAGCCCCCCCAUGGGUUUCGGUCUGUACAUGAGGGUUAUUAUACAUUUUUUAUUUUAAUAUUUUAAGUUUUUUAUUUUAUUAUUUUAUUUUAUUAUUUUAAGAUUUUUAUUUUAAUAUUUUAAGCUUUUUAUUUUAUUAUUUUUUAUUGUAUAUUUUUUAUUAUUUAAUUUAAUUUUGAUCCCCCCUCCCUGCUUGUUAGCUUGCCAGGGAGGGGGGCUCUCACUCCCUGGUGGUCCAGUGUAUGGGCUGUGUAGGAGGGGGGGCUGGCAGUGAGAGGUUACUUACCUUCCUGCAGCUCCUGUCAGCUCCCUUCUCCUCCGUGCAGCUCCUCUGUCAGCUCCCACUGGAAGUCUCGCGACAACCGCGGUGACCCCGCGGCUCUCGCGAGACUUCCAGUGGGAGCUGACAGAGGAGCUGCACGGAGGAGAAGGGAGCUGACAGGAGCUGCAGGAAGGUAAGUUACAGCUCGCUGCCAGCCCCCAACAGGACCGCCAGGCUUGUAAUGAGCCCGGCGGUCCUUGUCUGUAUUAUGGCAAUGUAAAUUGCCAUAAUACAGACAUUAACUCGAGUAUAAGUCGAGUGGGGGUUUUUCAGCACAAAAAAUGUGCUGAAAAACUCGACUUAUACUCGAGUAUAUACGGUAAUAUUAGGGAUAAGUGGAAGUUCAAGCUUUUAGUCCGAAAGAUUUUUUUUAAUGGACAUUAUAAGUCCCUCUACACAUUACAGGGAUGUUGUAAGGGGCAAUCUAUUUAUCUAUUUAUUAUAGCUGCAAUAGUUUGCUUAUUUAACUGCAAAUAUAUUUCCACUAUCUCAUUCUCUCCUAAACAUAACAUACUUUUUGACUUGUACAUGAUCUUGUUCUGCGCAUGUGUGGCUUGUGACUGGUUACUAGUACAAAGUUUCUCAUAAUGUUCUAUGGAGAGCUUGGACAAUAGUUUUGUGUAUGCUAAACUAAACAGCAAAAAAAACUGCCAAAAGUGCAAAAUCGUAUGUAACUAACAAAAUAAAAGCAUAUGCUUAACUUGCUGGAAAUUGGCUUAAAAUGUAGUGAUAGAUUCCCUGUUAAAAUCCAUCUUUGACAACCAACAUGUGUAUAUGUACAAAACCAGACAGAGUUUCGGCUAUUCCUAAAAUGAGUGUUCUAUUACUAGACUCAAAACCGCUGUCUGUAUAAUAAUUGCACUCACAAAUUGUCUGUAGCUAGUAAGCCUCAAAGACUCUCCGGAGUUACUCAGGGAGCGGCUAAUACUCAUACUUUGUAUCCAUGAAAAUAAGUACUUUAAUUCGUGGAAAAACAUUAAUGAAGCUACUCAUCAAGUCAGUGAAAGCUGCACUGUAAAAUGUACUUCCAGUUCAAAUGCUGUAAUUGUAAAGUUAAAUUAUUGUCAAUGCUUUUGUAUUUGUCAGUUACUGUGUAUAUCUCUCUAUUUAUCCAUCUAUCUAAAUCUCCAAAUUUUUUCUAACUUUCUGUCAGUGAGCAUUGCCUUCCACGCAUUGAGUCGCCAUGCAGAAAAAUCACACACAUUUUCUCAGAGACCUAAUGUUUAACCCCUUAAGGACACAUGACCUGUGUGACAUGCCAUGAUUCCCUUUUAUUCCAAAAGUUUGGUCCGUAAGGGGUUAAGUUCAGUAUUAACAAUAUUAAAAUACACUUGGCAAAAAACAAACAAACAAACAAAAAAAAUCCUAAUUAAAUUCUUCCCAGUGUUUAAAGGGUUUCCAUCAACAAAUGUAAUCACUAUAGCCCAUUUCAAUUAAUGAGGAAGCAUUUCUCUAGAUUUAAGUUAAUGAGUGCAUAGUUCUCUUACUGUAAGUAUAUCUAGUUUAACGAGUAUCGUUAGCCAGGUAGUGCUAUAAUUACAUUGAGAAUCUUGCCAGGUUAGACGGUAUUCAGUUAAUCCAUAGGCGCCAGUCUUCGAGAUAAUUAUUCAAGGUAUCUGAUGAUAUGCUGGGAAAUGAUAUAUGUAGGUCGCCAUAAUUACAUUUUUGUUGAUUUGAAAAAGCCGUGCCUUGGCGUGGUUUGUUCUGAUGCGAUCAAUAUGUGAUUUCGUAAUAUGUCACUUACUGACAUUUUUAAUCACAUUAUAGAGCGUCUCAACUCAAAACAUAACUUUUCUUUGAAUUCUGAACAAAGCUUUAAAAUGCUAUAAAGUAUAUAGUUACGUAUAAGUAAUAUAUGCUGAAAAUUGCUCAAGUCCAUCAAGUUUACCUUUUUUACAUAUCUGUUUUACUGCUCUUGGUCGUCCCCUGCCUCUCCCUACCCCCCAAAAAAGCAAAAAAUCGAAUUUGAAUGAUAAAUACAUAGAUUCUCCUUGACUCCAAAUUGGCAGUCAUAUUUCUGCAUGGACCAACCAGCUUUUACCACACCUAUUUACUCAAAGAAAAACCAAAAGGCAAAAUAAAAAAAUGAAACAUUGAGGAACUUGAAAGUCAUUUGUGAUAUGUAGAUACCUGACCUAUUUUGUGUGCUGCACAGGUUCGUAUCAAACACCUUCAAUGGAAAAACAUUGUAGUUGUUAUAGGAUACAAGAUACAUUGUUUGUAAUGUUUGUUUAGUUUUAUAAUAAUUCCAUAUGUUUAAUUGUUCUUACUGUAAAGAAUCCUAUCCUCUACCAUAGGUGAAAUCUCAAUUUUUCAAGUCUUAAUACCUGACCUGUUGUCGUUUGUACAGUCCUUUUAAGUUAUCUUUUUCUAGCUUUUAUUUAUAACUUGGGUUUAGUCCUUUCUGACAUGUUUGACAAUUUAAAAAAAAAUCAUUUUUUUUAAAGACUCCAAGGUUUUUUAAGGAUCCACACUGUUUGUUUUUGGCAUGAUUAAGCUAAAAUAUCACAUCCUCAUUAUGCACGAAUUUCUUUUCAAACUACUGGGUGAUCAAAGUAGUGAAUCUGUGUUCAUGGAUACAGGAUGAGUCAAUUUUAAUUCUUCCUUUGCACUAUUGUGAAUAAUCCAUACUUUAGAUUAAAAACUUAAUGGGGUGAUGGCAGAUUCUAAGUUAUACUGAUGGAUUCCUAGGGACCUUUAAUUCUAUUCUUGCAUGCCUUGUUUUGACUUCUGUUUUUGUGCAACUUUUGUUUUAGACUACAUCUAAGCACCCAGUUGAAGAAAUCCCUGAGCCUGUCUUUGGUGCCAACAAACAUCUCAUUGCAGACUUAAGGUACUUUAUAAAUCAAACUUAAAAUAUUCUAUGUGUUUUUUUUUUUUUUGUUUGGUUUUGUUAGGUGCCCUGUUUUGACUUAUCUUUUUAUGAUUUAUGUAGAGCUCAGUUGUUGGUGAAAGAAUCCGAAAAUCGAGAACUUCAAGACAGACUUCUCAGUUGUGAUGCCUGCAAAGAAAGAGGCGCUUUGCAACUGUUGGAUGCAGAGCCAGUGAAAUUAGCCUCCCAGCAAUCAGGUGUGUGUUUAUGAUUGCAAUAAUAUACAAUGGGCAAUUUAACUGUAAAUACAAUAGUAUUUUAUGCAUGAAGAAUUGAGAGGUCAUUCUCUGUAAGGCCAGCAGGGAAGAGUACCUUGAAUGUUUCCAAGUUGAUGCAAAGUAAGUAAUCUAUACACGUUUUAAAGAACAUUAAAGUACAUAAAUAUCUGUAUUUUGGUUGGCUCAAAUUUGGACACAUAAUGGGAUGCAAACAUUGGAAAAUACAGAGACAGGUUAACAUACUUCCAGGUAGUUUACAGAUAAGCAUCAGAAUUUUACUGUUUAAUGUAAGUUAACUUGUACGAAUUGUACAGCUCUUUUAGCUUUAGGCUGGGUUUGUUACUUUGGCGCACUAAAUCUAUUUCUCACAUUUCUAAUAUGUUGGGGUUCUCUAGAGAUUAUGCAUUUUUUGGUUGAAUUUCUGUAAGAAAUGCUUGUGAAGGAAGUCGUUAAUUUUUUAGUAAUAAAGAUUAUGUGCAUUCAUUUCUAAUACUUUUUAGUGUCUUUCCUGGCAUAUCCAUGCUAGGGGUGUCAGCAACCUUUAGAGGGUACCUGACAUGACAAUAAAACUUAAUCUUGAAGGAUGGAGAAUCACAUUUAAUCUAUACGUUGCACUAACACAAUGCCUGCAAGGGUAAGUAAGAGCAGCAGACUCUGUGUUAGAGCAGCACCAAUAUGCAGAUAGGAGAGAAACACCCAGCAUGAUUGAUUUAUUUUAGCUUUAGACAGGCAAUCAGAGAAUGGAGAGAAAACAUGUCAGUUUUAUUUACAUAAAGCCUACAUAAAGUGUUGGAUACUUUGAACCUGUUAUGGGCAGCAAAUCAGUGCCGUCCAGACAGAGUAUAUUCAGGAGAUGUAAGUAUUGGAAAUAAUUAAAAUUUGAUCUUUUAACAAUGUUAAGGGAAGAACCAAAUAAUUGUACAAUAUGGCUUAAGCCAAAUGUGUGUAAACCUGCAAACCUACAUAUGUUUUGACUGCUUCACUUAAAGUCCUCUUUGGUCAAAGGUAUCCCUUAAGCAACCCAAGUCCAUGCCGAUAGCUAAAUUUUAAUGCGUGUUUACACAUCCUGACAUCAUGUGCAUGUUUGGGCAUCUCACAAAUGCUCCCAGAUUCAGUUUUAGCCAAUGUAUGUAUGGUCUUCAGUUGGAUGAGUGGUACCUAUGUUCAGAAUGGACAUUAUAAAGAUGGGUGCCCCCAUAGAGAUUGAGAGAGUGCUGAAAAAAGGUAUUGACUUAUAUGUUUCCAUUAUUAAACAAUACACACAGAGGCUGUAAUGCACGCAAUAAUUUUAUUUUUGAUUAUAAAGAAGAUGAGUUUCCCUUUAGAGUGAUGAGAUACUAUGUAGAGCUGUUCAGCAGAUAUGCUCUGAGAGAUUAUUAUUGGUAUAUAGUGCCAACUUAUUCCACAGCGAUUUACAAUCGAUGCCUAAAAAGGGCAGCUGUCAUGGAAUAUUAUCACAGGGAUGUCAUUUUAAGCCACAUUUUAGCAAAUACAAGACAUUCUAUUUUUAUAUCAAGUUUUGUGUUUGAAGCAAUAUGUGCCUUAAUCACAAAGCACCAUUUGUGAGCUUAAAGUUGAGCCAUUUUAUUUUACAGUAGUGACUGAUGCAUUGUGAGUGCACAUCGAUAGGAGACUAACACUACAGAGAAUAAUAAAAUGAUUUGAAUAGGAACAUGAGAACAUUGUUUUAUGAAUACGUUUGUUAGCAGUUUUAUUAGAUCAAUAUACAGAUGGCAUUUAUUCGCUCCUUUACACACCGCUUGUCAUCCAUUUACAAGUGAAUCACAGGUUUAGUCUUUAUAGAACUGUGUGAACUGAAUAAAGAAACGUGAAUUGCUCUUCAUUGUUGCUUUGUGUUUUGUUGUUAAGAUGAGGAAAAAUACAUGCAGUUAGAGGCUGUUUGCAAGCAGCUUCAGACUGAGAAGGAGAGGCUCGCUCUUCAUGUGAAAGAGCUGCAGGAGAAGCUCAGUAAAGCCCAGUGUGACGUGACCAAUGCCAAGCAUGAUAUGACACAAAGAACCAAUCAGUUCCAACUCAUCCAAAAGGAGUUAAUGGAAAAAGCUUCGAAAGCAUCCAGCUUACAACAAGAAGUAAGUGUGUGUGUGGGAGCGGGGUAUAGCAAGGUCUCCACCCCCUAUGUCACACUACCAAGAGGAAGGGGUGAGACACCUAACAGGAAGUGUACAGCUGUACAUUUCCAAUAAAUCUUUGUGCUGAUUUUUUUUUCACUCUAGUGAUAACUUUAAUACGUUCUAUUCAGUUGUUCUAGUAAUUGUCAACUUAUUCAGUAGAAAAAGUAUAUCCAAUGUGUGCUCUGUGGAUUAAUUAUAAUCUCUGUAAAGCUCCAACAGAAACUAUUAGAGAACCUGGAUUCAGUCACUUCCUGUGUAGUAUUGUAAGCAAUGGAGGAGGAUCAGAGCUAAGGAAUUUGUUUCAGAUUAGGGACCUAUCAAAAGUUAGUGGGUUUUUUUUGGUGGUGGUUUACUAUUUAAAGAAUACUUGCAAUAACCAUAACCACUGCAGCUGAAGUCUUUAUGGUGAAAAACAUCUUCAGGCGCAUUCUCCCAGUUUGUGGAGAGCUGAGCUCAUCUUCCACCCAGCACUACAUGUCUAUAAUUAGUCGUGUUCUUUUUAGUAAUGUGGCUAGGCUUUGACAAACACAGGGGCUCUCCUGUUACCUAAACGACUUUAAUGGUUUGACACUAACCGUAGAGAUAGCACUCACAGACUCAUUUUCUUAAAAAAAUGUAGGUCCUUGACUGUGACCUUUCACAUUGACAGCUAUAUUUAAAAAAGUGUACUUGAGAAUAGCUGCUGCUCUUAAUUUGUAAUGUCAUAGUGGCUCCUUUACAAAACCGUGGAAGUCCAACAAAUACGUCUUUUUCAAAGUCAAAAUUCAGUAUAUCACACAUUAUACAUAGCAGGUAACAGUAUUAUUACCAACAGUUUAUUUUUGUGCGAAAUCAAUUUAAUUUUUUUUUUUUUAUAACUUGAUUAACGGCAAUGGAAUUGUUAAAAAAACAUUAAUAUUCUGUGCUGUAAACAUUGUUUGCAGGUUGCAAGGAAAUGUUCAAAGAUCUCUGCUAUUCAGAAGCUUUUGGAAGAAAAGUCGAUGGCAUACUCUACUGUUGCUUCCAGAAAUGCUGAACUAGAACACGAACUUAUGGUAAUAGAGUCCUGUAUAAUUUACCAAAUACCUAAUUAGAGUGUGCUUCCUGGAAUGUUCUAUAAAACCUCUUCUGAGCACAUAUGUUUGUAAAUGUCUGCUUUAUUUAAUGUUGAAGGCAGCAGUGUCACUUUUGAGGAUUUUUUUGUUAAAAUCGAAUCUUUAUGAAAAACCUGUUUUGUCUGCGUUGGUAUUUCACUGAAAUUCCAGGGCGAUCAGGAGAUCAAUCUUCACCUGUCAUGGUUUGACAUUGGCCAGGAUCCAGAAGAGGGGAGAGCACGUUGCGUAGUUCUCUCUUCCUCCACUCCGUAUGGGAUCCACCUUACAAAGUGCCUCUUUAACUCAGAAAAUGUUAUAUUUUCUAAUUUACCUUAUAAAAGCUUACUCUCAGGUCAUUUUCAAUGGCUUUCUUUAAAGUUUUAAAUGUUGUUUAGCUUCGUUAAUGUUGGUACAGUUAUCAUGCAAUAAAACUAUAUAUUAUAAUUAGAUCUGUGAAGUUCGAAUUAAUAUGCAUAUGAACAAAUUAACUAUAUUCUUCUUUUGUAUCGUUCAGAAUUAUAAAGAACAAAUUUUUCAUUUAGAAGAAAAUAUCAGUAAAGAGCAUGAAGAAGUCAUGUUGGCAUUUGAACAGUCCAAACACAUUCACGCUGAUCAACAGAAGGAACUGCAGAAUAACAUUGAGCAUGUAAGACCAUCAGCUUAAAUUGCUGUAAAUUCAUAAAAAGGACCUUAAAAGUCAGCUGGACAUUGCUCAUACUACGGAAAGUAAAACAAUCUGUUUAGUUUAAAGAGAUACUCUAAGCACCAAAAUAACUUAUUCUUAACGCCGUUACAGCGUUCUAUGCCGUCCCACAUUAAAUGGGCUUUAAAGCCGUUGCGGCGGCAUAGAACGCCGUAACGGCUUUCAGUCCCAGGAGGUGAAAUUUACUUACCUCUGCCGCGAUCCUCUUCGGGAGGACUGCCUGACAGCCCAGGCAGCACUCCCCUGGCAAAUGAGGCCCCCAGGGGCCAUGUGAUCGCUCUCAAAGAGCGAUGACAUGGCCCCCUAUAGCUGGCUGUGGAUCUGCCAGCAGGGGGACUGUCUGAAAUGGUGGGAAAGUAAAAAAAAAUAUUAAACAUGUUUUAAAAUAAAAUGUGUGUGUGUGUGUGUAUAUAUAUAUAUAUAUAUGUGUGUAUGUGUGUAUAUAUAUAUAUAUAUAUAUAUAUAUAUAUAUAUAUAUAUAUAUAUAUAUAUAUAUAUGUAUAUAUAUAUGUAUGUAUGUUAUAUUAUAUUUCUUAUAUAUAUAUGUAAUGUAUGUUAAUAUAAGUACAUAUAUUAAUCUUAAAAUACACUUAGAAUGACGUUACAUAUAUAUAUUUUAUGUUUAUGUAUAAUUACAAUAGUAAAUCAAUAAAAUAAUUUUUUUUUAAAUUAAUUUAUAUGUACAUAUGUAAUCUCAUUCUAACUGUAGUUUGUUAUUAAUACAUAUAUAUUGGUAACAAAAGACACUUAGAAUGACAUUUUAUAUAUAUAUAUAUAUAUAUAUAUAUAUAUAUAUAUCAAAUAACUGCAAAUAUUUAUAUAUAGAUAAAUAUAUAUAAUUACAUAAACAACUACAUAAGAUUACACAUAGAAUUUAAAUAUAUAUAUGCAUAUAUAAAAAAUUCUACGUGUAUGCUUAAGUAAUAUUUUAACAUAAUUAUGUGAUUUAAUUAAUUAAAAUUUGAUUGACGUGCCUGACAACCCAGGCAGCAAGUGCAGAGAAUUAAAUUCGCACGCGCUAUAUUUAACCCUGUAACUUUCCAAGACAUCAUAAAACCUGUACAUGGGGAGUACUGUUUUACUCGGGAGACUUCGCUGAACACAAAUAUUAGUGUUUCAAAAUGAUAAAUUGUAUUACAACGAUGAUAUAUUUAGUAAAAGUGAAGUUUUUUUGCAUUUUUCACACACAAACGGCACUUUUACUGACGAUAUUAUUGUUGUAAUAUGUUUUACUGUUUUGAAACACUUAUUUUUGUGUUUAGUGAAGUCUCCCGAGUAUAACAGUACCCCCUAUGUACAGGUUUUAUGGUAUUUUGGAUAGUUAGAGAGUCAAAUAUAAGGCUUGCAUAUAAUUUUUUUCACAUUGAAAUUUGCCAGAUUGGUUAUGUUGCAUUUAAGACCGUGUGGUAGCCCAGGAAUGAGAAUUACCCCCAUGAUGGCAUACCAUUUGCAAAAGUAGACAACCCAAGGUAUUGCAAAUGGGGUAUUAAGAUAAUGGUAUUAUGACAUUCACAGCUAAAAUGUCUACAAAUUUUUUUAAAAAUCUUAAUUUCUCACAAUUCUUUACAUUUUAUUCAUAAUAAAUUAUGUUUCAAAUAGGAAUAGUUCAUGAGAAAUUAAAGCCCAGUUUCUCCUGAACAAACUGAUAUAUAAUAAGUGUGGUUGCAAUAUGAAAGACGUGAAUUACGGCUGAACAGACAUAUAGCACAAAUACCAGUUUUUGUUUACAUUUUGUUUUGAUCAGAACGUGUACUAUUGACUCCGUCCUGAAUGGGUUAAUUGAGUUUUUUUUUUUUUUUGUUUUUUUUUUUACAUUCUUUAUUUUUGUUGUGUAGACAAGUAAACCGAAUUGUCGGCACACAGGCUGUGAACAUAAACAUCUACAGAGAGAGGGAACUAUUAUCCAAAUGAAAUAUAUUGCACAUAUGCAUCUUUUUAAGAUCACCAAAAAAGAGUAAAACAGUGUUAACAGUAGGAGAAGUAGUGUGCUCAUUCGAUAAAAAGCAAAUCCCCUGUAGAGAGAUUCCAGGCUAGUGCUGCAUAUUCUGAGUUAAAACAAAAUAAACGGAUACUCUACACUUUUUAUGUUAAAAGUGGAGACAAUGUUAUGGUGUACAUGCUUUUAAAACUUAAUAGAACUAAAUAAAAAGGCAAGCUGAAACCAUGCCUGACAACCCCAUCAGAACAUCUCAUUCUUAUCUAGGUGGUGGUGAAGGCUUCGCGGCUCUUAUCUAGGUGGAGAGUUUUGAAGGGUUUGUACCCAUCUUACAGGCCAAGAGGUUGAUACCCACUUUGCUUGACGAUAACAAAAAUUCUCAAAACCAGGCUAAGUGGGUGGAGGGUAUCGAGCAUAUGGGGAAAUAAACCUCCAGUGCCAGCAGGAUGUAUUCGUAUUAGUAUGGGACGUGUCUCCUAGGACACUCGUCUAAAAUAGGUGUUGCUAUAAUAUGUAAUAUAUAAAAAAAAAAAAAAAAAAGGGUGGCAUUAAACCUAAAAAUAAAGCUCACUAUACAACUCGUGCAUUUUGGUAUAUAUUUGUUGAAGCGUUCAGGAUAUAGUGGUGGAUGCGAGGUGCCUCUCAGGGCUGCAGGAACGAAUGGGCGAACUCUAGCAGGGUCCCAUGCUGUCGGUUGCGUUGAGAGCUCUGUUGGUCGUGGCUCUCCCUCAGUGUUCCUGUGGCGCAGGGUAUCAAGAGGCAUCUUGGUGAACCCCAUUUGUAGGGUAUGUUGUGCUUCAUAAGUUAAAGGUCCUAGGGACAUCCGCCAGUCCAUUGUAGCCCUGGACAAGUCUGUGAAGAAUUGUAGGGAGUGUUCCUCAAAGUGGAAGGGGUUUUUAUUCCGUACCACAGACAUGAAGGUUUGUCUGUCUCUGACUUUGGAGGUGUUAGCUGGUGGUGCUGGAAUUCGGAAACAGCCCUCCAGCAGCAUUGCUUUAGCCUGCUUUUAAUGAGAAGAGACUUGUGAGCAUAUACUUAUUGCUGUUUCUAUAUCUACUAGGGACUUCAGUGGGAAUGAGAGAAUUACGAAAUUAUUUUCACAUCCUGUGUCAGCAUGUAAAAUAUGUUGAUGCCAGAUGUUGUAUGUAUCCAUUGGAUUCACUGCUUCACAUAGAGAAGAAAUGUAUUGGUGGAUUGUGGCAAUUGCCUUGCAAAUGCCAUGUAUCCUCAAGGUAACCAAAUUAAGUGUUGUUAAUCAUGUUUGAUCGGUACAAUGCGAAUGUAGGUUAAGCCAUAAGAAAAUGUUUUAUUAAAGCAUACCAUACUAACAAUGCACCAUCUUUUCCUUUUUAUGGGUUAUAGCUACAAUGUCAGCUCAAUAUGAAGACUCUUCAGAUAGCAGAACAAGAUCGUACUAUAAAGACCUUACAGCAAGAUAGUAUGUCAAAACAGCAAGAGAUCAAAUCUCUGGAUCACAUCCUUACAGAAACCAAAAAGGUAUGAAUGAUUUAUUCUUUAUGUUCAUGUUUUCAUACUGAUCCAAGCAAUACAAAUAGAUUGUGUUUCUUUAUAAAAUGUGUUGCUUAUUUUAUAGAUUGCACUAAACCCCUUGAUAAAUCUAAAAAUUCCGUUAUUCAGAUAGGGAAAAAGACACAGGGGGUUCUUAGGGUCUAUGGGGAAAAAUAAAAAUCACAUUUUUGAUAAUAUAAAUGUUAAUGGUUGACAAUGAGACAUCAACAAUGGUAACAUGAACAGAAUCCAACUAAAUGGAUACUACCCAACCCCACUUCUAUCACGAUCAGGUUGGUGUAGAUGAAUCCAAUACCUUAAGUUAGACAGUAAAGUUGGACAAUCACAAACCUGCAAACCGUGUUGGUGACACUUUAAUGGAACCAUGAAAAGUUUCAACCGCUCAGAGCACUUCAAAACGCUCUUUUCUUUUUUUUUUUUUUUUUACAAAUUACCAUUAUCUGAAGAUAUUUCUAAUUCUUGGCACAUGCUUUAAUUGUCACGUGUACCAAAAACAUUAUAUUUGUUAAUCAAUCCCUCCAAAUAAUGGACAAAGAAAAGUUACAUCAUAACUAAAAUAUACAAUACAUGAAAUGCUCAUUUCUAGAUGCCCUAAAUAAACACAAACGCACUUGACUGUCUGUAACAUCUAUCUAUCUAUCUAUCUAUCUAUCUUAUAGUGUAAACUUCCAGGGAUGGUCAGCACUCAGAGGACUUACUUUUUGUUAAAACUUAGCUUUUAUUGCACUGUAUGUCAGUAUUUCAGUUUAAAAAAAAAAAAAAAAAACUUGUGUGUUUUGUGUUUUUUGUCUUUUUUUAUUUUUUUGUCGUUUUUUUUACUUCUAAAUUUUAACACCCUGCUCAAUCCUGUUCCUUAUUUUUGGCAGGAAUUGGAUCUUCAGACAAAGAGCACACAUGAUGUAGUGAAAAUACUAGAACACCAAAUAAAGGAUGAAACUGAUAAGGUAAGGUGUCACAUCUCAGAAAUUUCCCCUGGUAUAUAAAAAGAUGCAGAUUACGGGGGGCGGAGCUUAGCGGCAGAGCUGUGCGAACCCCAUUCUCUCAUGUUCCUACAAGCUGCCGGAGAAUCCACAGUAAUCACUGCUUUUGGCAUACUGUAAACCUAUCAGAACCACUGCCCUGAUAGCCCGGCAGUAUUUGCAGUUAAUUGAUACCCUUUUUAGUCUCACAAACGGGCAGUAAAGCUCGCCACAAAAUUGGGCCCACAUCCGCUGCUUUCGAGGCCCCAUUGCCCACCCCAGCUCGAUUGGGUCUACCUUCUCACCCACCGAUGAGAAAAGCACCCUAUACUGAUAUGGGGCGGAAGUCUCAAAGGGUACUAACAGGUGUGAGCAAAGAUACCCGCUCCAGCGCCCUGCGGCCUACAAGAUGGCGGCCAUGCCAUAUCAAGAUACUGGUUCCACCUGCUCGGGGCAGGCCCUAGGGGAAACAGACUCUUCUCUGUCACACACUGAGGUACUGACAGACCCUGAUGCAUUAAUUCCAGCUACCAAACUGGACAUCUGAAACCUCCUGCUAGAAUUGAAGCAGUUGUCUGCAGCUAAUAUAGACCUAGUGAGGACUGAGGUUCAAGCGGUGACCGCUUUAGUGCAUGCCUUGGAGGAGGCCACAUUGGAUGUGCAACAAGAGGUGAAGGGACUCAAGGAAACUGCUGCUGCUCCAGUACUCCCAUUAGGCCUUGCUGAGGGCCGAAUAAUAUUAAAUUUAGAGGCAUUCCAGAUAGGAUUGGCCCGACUGAGCUUCUGCAGUACCUUAGAAAUCUCACCGCUUCUUUGCUACCUCAGGCGAAAAAGUUGGUAUGUGAAGGGUUCUUCUGUAUCAACAAACCCAGACAUGCACCGCUUUCGGCAUCUCAACACGUGAUCAUUCGGUGCCAAAAAAAAAUCAAGUCUUAGCGGAUGUGAAUGGUAAAACACCACUCGACUUUGAGUCUUGACAACUAACUUUUUUACCAAGAUCUAACCAGGACCACGCUUCAAUGGAAGAGAACACUGGGUCCAGUGACCCACCAACUCCUGCAAGCAGGAGUGGACUAUUGCUGGACACUACCAAGAGCCUUGUCAGUUGAGUACAAUGGCACCGCCAUGAAACUUUCCUCUAUAUCGGAGACUGACUCAUUCAAGCUCUAGGGGCUAUUGUUUGAGUCAGUGACCCCAGAGGUGCCGACAAGAACGCAUGCAUGGGACCCUGCAAGGACCGUCCCUCGGAAAAGGUUGCACCAAUUGCAGCAACAUGACUCGAAUCUGAACACAUAUGGCAUGCACAUCUAUAUGUUAUAAUAGUUUAAAUGCCAUUAUCAGUUUUAUUUUCCUGUUUUUAAUUUUCUGUUUAUAAUAUGCCUUUUAGUACCUUUAACAUGCUGGCUCCUAACUGAUAGCUGUAUCCACCAAAUGCGGGUUCCUUUUUCUAUUCGGUACAGCGAACAUACUGUGCAACCAUGAGAGAGCUAUAGCUCUCAUAAAUAUUAAUCCCACAGCCCCUUUGGUUUAGGGGUCUUUGAUCGUAAUUGAUACUGCGUAAGCAGGUCCCUGGCACAUAUUAAAGGACCACUCUAAGCACCCAGACCACUUCAGCUUAAUGAAGUGGUCUGGGUGCCAGGUCCAGCUAGGGUUAACCCAUUUUUUUUUUUAUAAACAUAGCAGUUUCUGAGAAACUGCUAUGUUUAUAAGUAGGUUAAUCCAGCCUCUAGAGGCUGUCUCAUUGACAGCCGCUAGAGGCGUUUGUGUGCUUCUCACUGUAAAAAUCACAGUGAGAAGACACAAGCGUCCAUCGGAAAGCAUUAUGCUUUCCUAUGAGACUGGCUGAAUGUGCGCGCAGCUCCUGCCGCGCAUGCGCAAUCAGCCGAAGAGGAGGAGGAGAGCUCCCUGCCCGGCGCUGGACAAAGGUAAGAUUUUAACCCCUUCCUCUUCCCAGAGUCCGGCGGGAGGGGGUUCCUAAGGAUGGGGGCAACCUCAGGGCACUAUAGUGCCAGGAAAACAAGUAUGUUUUCCUGGCACUAUAGUGGUCCUUUAAGGCGUACUGCUGGCUACUUGGCAACAGUCCAGCGACAUACUACUUCCCACUGUCCCCUCAGGAGCCAUGGUAACUGUUUGAUACUCCUUGUCUUCAUUUAUUUUAUUUUUGCUGUUAUGACCUGCAUAGUAAAAGAACAGAACAGUUUCUAGCUAGGACCAAUGGGUUAUUUUUAUUUUAUUUUUCUAAUUUUUGCAUAUCUAUGAUGUGAAAUAAUCGCGUCACAGUAUAGCGAGUUAUCAAAGCUGGAAGUGCACUCAGCUCCUCACUAAGGAAUCCAGGGUGCUCUUGAAAAGUCCCAGUACCCAAAAGGACCAAAAUGGAUAAAUUUGUAGAAAAAUGAUCAAGGCACUCCAAUAGUUUCCAAUUCUUAAGGCAAUUUAUUUGGACCAGGAACUACAAAGCAAUGUUUCAGCCCUAACAGGGCUUUUUUCAAACUUGAAAAAAGCCCUGUUAGGGCUGAAACGUUGCUUUGUAGUUCCUGGUCUAAGUAAAUUGCCUUAAGAAUUGGAAACUAUUGGAGUGCCUUGAUCAUUUUUCUACAAGUAUAGCGAGUUAGACCCCUAAGCAAAUUAGCGUCCCCUAAUCGUUUCAUGUUCCCUUAUGUAUUAAAACUAAGCUUUAAACUAUUGCUUCAGCGCUUAUUAAUAUGAUUGGACCAUUGUCUCUCUUUCAUUGUCCAUUGUCCAUCUAUCUCAAUAAAAAAAGAGAGUGACAAAAAAGAUGCCGAUUUGUUUACACAUUGCAAUGGAUGGCUCUAACCAUGGUACUUUUGUUAUCGUGUGUGUUCUUUUUUUCUGUUAGGUUAGGCAUCUAGAGUCUGCCUUAGCUCUGUGUAAGGAAGAAUUGGUUUUAUAUUUGCAACAAUUAGAAGAAAACAGAAAGAGUUUUGCAAAUCAAAUCAAGAUGAAGUCUGAAGAGGUAAAUGCCAUUUUGUUUUCUAAAUGUAUUGUACGUAUGUGACUUGGUAUGAAUAUUGUCAUAAUCAGUAACUACUCAUAGAGAUGCAUUGACUCAGUGUAUCUCUAUGAGAAGAUUUUGGCAUCCCCAUGCAGAGAUUUUGCAUGACCGCAUUAAGGAAUAAGAGGUGGCUUUAGACCUCAUUGUACUAAAUUGUAAACACGGCUUUUUCUCAGAACAGGCAGCAUCUACAUUUCUCAGGAAAUAUGUCGGGCAAAAAACAUGGCCACAGCUGCUAAAAGAAAAAUAAAUAAUACAUUGUGUAAUAUGUCCAAAAUCAAUAUCAAAUGACACUUUUACUGGUAACAGUCACAGUGCUGUAGAAUUAAUAUCAGUGCUACAGUGCUCAGCCUGCAGAGACCGUCUACAUGCCAAAGAUGCACCACAUUAAGCUUUAGUAGUUCUGGUGCCUAGAGUGUCCCUUUAAAAUAAUAUAAAUGUGCACAUAAUUGUGGCAAUAUGAGUAGAGUAUUACUAGAGCAUACAGUAAGUUGGGUAGGGAUAGAAAACAAUGAGUAAACAGUAAAUUGAAUAGAAAAAAUACUAUUUAAUGUUAAGUAGCAACCUUGGACUGAACACAAUAGAAGAGAGGUUACCAAGUGUGUAGUCUGCAUUUGGUAUCAGAUAUUACUGUAGGUGAAAGUUUAGGAUCCAGUGAUCAUCGGUCAGUGUAGUUUAAUAUAAGAACAGUGACUGAGUCACACCACACAAAAACAAAAGUUUUAGACUUUAGCAAAACAGACUAAAUGGAGUCCAAGAGGAAUGGGAUUAUUUAAAAGUUGCACUUCGGAAGGCAACAGAAAAUUGCAUUCGGCUUGUCAGUAAAAGCAAAAAAAUUUAAGAAAACACUGUGGUACUCCGCAGAUGUGGCCAAAACCGUAAAAAACUAAAAGUUAGCAUUUAUUAUUUAUAAAAAAAAAAAAAAACAUAAUGAGGAAGAUAGACAGAUCUAUAAGAUUAGGCAGAAAGAGGCUAAGCAAGUUAUAAGAGCUUCCAAAUCACACACAGAAGAGAAAAUGGCACAGUCAGUUAAAAAAGGGGACAAAACAUUUUUUAGAUACAUAAAUGAGGAAAGGAAAGUAAAACAGGGAUUAGUUAGAUUAAUAACAAAAGAAGGAAGGUUUGUAGGAGAGGAUAAAGGUCUAGCUGACUGCCUCAAUUAAUAUUUUUGUUCAGUAUUUACAGAUGAAAAUGAAGGUAAGGGGCCUCAGUUAGGAAAAAGGACAAAUGAGUAAUUAGUUAUGUUAGUUUACCGAGGAAGAGGUUAUAUUUUAACUGUCAAAAGUAAAGACAAAUAAGUCAAAGGGACCUGAUGGAAUACAACCAAAAUUAUUAAAAGAGCUUAGUGGUGUACUAGCAAAACCAUUAACAGAUUUAUUUAACCAAUCAUUGUUAACAGGAUAUGUCCCAGAAGAUUGGUUAGCGAGUGUUGUGCCCAUUCACAAGAAAGGUAGUAGGGAGGAGUCUAGCAACUAUAGGCCAGUAAGCCUUACUUCAGUAAUGGAAACCAUGUUAAAGGAUAGGAUUAUUGAAAAUCUACAAUCACAUGGAUUUCAAGAUCAGAGACAACAUGGGUUUACUUAAUUGAGAUCAUGCCAAACUAAUCGUAUUGAUUUUUUUGAUUGGGUAACUAAAAUAAUAGAUCAGGGUGGUGCAGUAGACAUUGCUUACCUAGAUUUCAGUAAGGCUUUUGACACUGUGGCACAUAGAAGGCCUAUCAAAAAACUGCAAUCUUUAAGUCUGGAUUUAAAUAUUGUUGAAUGGGUUAGACAGUGGCUGAAUGACAAGCAACAGAUGGUUGUAGUCAAUGGAGUAUAUUCGAAGCAUGGUCUUGUCACCAGUGGGAUACCGCAGGGAUCUGUACUUGGACCCAUUUUCUUUAAUAUUUUUAUUAGUGAUAUUGCAGAAGGUCUUGAUGGUAAGGUAUGUCUUUUGGCUGAUGAUACUAAGAUAUGUAACAGGGUUAAUGUUCGUGGAGGAAUAAGCCAAAUGUCAAAUGAUUUAGGUAAACUAGAAAAAUGGUCAGAGUUGUGGCACCUGACAUUUAAUGUGGAUAAAUGCAAGAUAAUGCAUCUUGGACAGGCAGAGUACAGAAUAUUUAACAAAGUCCUAACCUCAACAUCUGAGGAAAGGGAUUUAGGGGUGAUUAUUUCAGAUGACUUAAAGGUAGGCAGACAAUGUAAUAGAGCAGCAGGAAAUGCUAGCAGAAUGCCUGGUUGUAUAGGGAGAGGUAUUGGCAGUAGAAAGAGGGAAGUGCUCAUGCCAUUGUACAGAACAUUGGUGAGACCUCACUUGGAGUAUUGUAUGCAGUACUGGAGACCGUAUUUCUAGAAGGAUAUUGAUACUUUGGAGAGAGUUCAGAGAAGGGCAACUAAACUGGUUCAAACUUACCAGGAAAGGUUAAAGGAUCUUAACAUGUAUAGCUUGGGGGAAAGACAAGACAGGGGGGGAUAUGAUAGAAACAUUUAAAUACAUAAAGGGAAUCAACACAGUAAAGAAGGAGACUAUAUUUAAAAGAAGAAAAACUACCACAACAAGAGGACAUAGUCUUAAAUUAGAGGGACAAAGGUUUAAAAAUAAUAUCUGGAAGUAUUACUUUAUUGAGAGGGUAGUGGAUGCAUGGAAUAGCCUUCCAGCUGAAGUGGUAGAGGUUAACACAUUUUAGGCAUGUGUGGGAUAGGCAUAAGGCUAUCUUAAUUAUAAGAUAGGGAUAGGGACUAAUUAGAAUAUUUAGAAAAUUGGGCAGACUAGAUGGGCCGAAUGGUUCUUAUCUGCCGUUACAUUCUAUGUUUCUAUACCUAGCUGGGCACAGUAUUAGUUUGAUUCUGAAUAGGAGAUAUUGCAACAAGGGGGGCAGUUAGAAGCCAGAGAAACUAGAACACUCACAGGUACUGAGAUACUUGGAGGGGGAUAUGGCAAGAUUAAUUAAACUGAGAGGAAUCCAUAUGGGAUUGAUUAAGUUGGGGAAAGAUGAAUGAUUUGAGAAGGUGAUUAUGUCAGUGGUAGUGGGCUAGAAGGGAAAAUGAAUGGGAUUGAGAAAUAUCACAGAUGUGUAGAAUUGAAAGAGCAGAGAGGACAUGUUGGUGUAUAGCAGGAUUAUGACAUUUAAAAUUAAAUAAUUAUAAAAUUGUGAUGCAACCACCUGUGGAAAAAUAUAAUGAAAUCUCUGCAUUUAUGUAUAUAGCUGCAUCAUUUACAGAUGGAAAUCAAGCACAGGACUCAGAGCCUCCAGGAAAUCAAUGAGGAAAAUAUGCGUUUACAGCAAACUCUUCAGCAGCAGCAGCAGAUGUUGCAGCAGGGAACGGAGAGAAUCGGAGAUUUGGAGGACACACAAGCAGAGUUAGAGAAACAGGUGCAGUAAUAAAUACAGUACAUUUAUAUUGAGGUCCUUGAAUUUUAAAAGGACAGUAAAACUAUUUUUAUUUAGUUAUUUUUUUCGCCUUUGGAUCAUCGAAUCGAAUUAUCAGUUGUGUUACAGUCGGCUGGCUAGAGCAGUAGUAAUGUGUCUAAUGUGUUGGCGCAAUAUAAAAUAAUAACACAGCCAUACAAGGCUCUCUACUUCUCUACUAGAAUACUAGCCAUGCUGCCUUCUUUAUCAGCAGUUGGUGGAAAAAUACUGGCCAGUUUUAGUUAACAAAAAAAAAAAAGAUAUUUCUUUAAUAUUUCGUUAGAACAGGUGUGCAAAUUGGAACUUCAGAUUGAGAAGCAGAGGUGCACUUCAGAAGAAGAGAUGAGAAAGACAGAGGAGAGUUUCCUGUUGGCUACUAAGGAGCUAGAUCUAACAAAACUUCAGGUUCUCGAGCUAAACAGUGCUGUAGAGUAAGUUUAUAAUUGUGUGCAUAUAGUGAUUAGCUUUAAUCUACUGAAUGGACUUUUAUUUUGACUAAUCCAUAUAAUCCUACAUAUAAGAUCUUUUUUGCUAUUUAACCAAUUUAUGAUAUGUGAUUUGCUUUAACCUUCCCCCUCUUUUCUAUCAUGAAUGGAUUCAAGUUUAUGCUGAUACCCAUAUUUGUUCUGUGUUAAUAACAUAUAUCCCUUAUUUUCCAGAAUUCUUUUUAUUACACUUUGCGUGUGAGCACACAUAUCUAGUUGUGAAAGUAACUAAAUGGUAAUGACAAAACUGAAUUUUUCUGUUGAAACAUUUUAAGAAGCCAGACCCCUUUAAGCUUGGGAGUCUUGAGAGUUCAGUAGUAGAACGUUGCCUUCUUGAGUGAUCAAACAGUAACAUUUUUAAAUAAACUCAUGAUGGAGUAAAAGGGACACUAUUAAAGACCAAAUUGUUUAGAUCUUUAUGAAGUGAUUUGGGGGCAUUGAUGCUGUGUAACAGCGGUAGUAUGGUGUUUCUGAUGUCCUUAGCCCAUCACUGGCCACCUGGCAAACUUUCCUCUUACUGCGGGGACCAGGAGGAACGCAGUGAGAAGGCACAUUAACUUCUUUUUCCAUAUUUUAAGCAUCUAGUGCCAGCACCGUGUCUUUCUUGUGACUCGAAAAGGGGAACUAAAUAGUUUAAAUGCAAUGAUCAUGUUAUUUUCAUUGUGCUUCAGGAAGAUGCAGCUUGAAAGAGAUCUUUCUAAUGAAAAGAUGGUACAGCUGGAGGAAGAGCUAGCAUUUCUGAGAUGUCAAGAAGAAGCCAAGUCAAACAAGCUGAAUGAAAUGGAAAUUACUCUUCGGAAAACACAAGCAGAUCUGGAUGACAAAAGGGCUCAGUGUAAGGCCUGAAUGAUGUAUCAUUCUAGGAUCUUCCAGUUUAUUCGACCUGUUAUUGAAUAGUUCUGUAUUCGUUCUGAAAUUAGUUCUUUUAAUGAUAGACUCAUCUUUGCUUUGACUCUUGGUUUUAAACUCUUAAGGAAUACGAUGUAUUGUCCUUACAGUAACCAGACAUGAGUUUUGUUAGUGUACCUUUAGAAAACAGCAGGUUGUAUGUGUGAUGUAUUUUACUAUGCAUUCGUUUAUGUAUUUUACAUGCACAUUUCAUGUCUGUCAUCAGUCCCAAUAUUUUUUAGGUUCAUGUGAGUUAUCUUAUCAGAGUGAGUGUUUGCUUUCCUAUGUUUAUUCUAGGCAAUAUAUGUAAUGAGCUGUAUAAAGGUUCUCCUGCUUUAUUGGGUAUAUAUUCCAUAGUAACAUGAAGGCAGGUGAGGUUUUCAGCACCAAAUUGUACUCUCACAACAUUUUCGUGGGGUAGGCUCCAGAUGUUGUGGACUACAUCUCCCCUGAUGCUUAUCCAACAUUAUGGGAGAUGUAGUCAACAUAUGUAAUUACUACAGUUGCCUACCCCUGCUUUAGGGCAUGUGUGUCCAAAUACAUAGAGUGGAUGUCUCCUAAUCCUGACAAUCUUAAAGGACCACUCUAGGCACCCAGACCACUUCAGCUUAAUGAAGUGGUCUGGGUGCCAGGUCCUUCUAGGGUUAACCCAUUUUUUUAUAAACAUAGCAGUUUCAGAGAAACUGCUAUGUUUAUGAAUGGGUUAAGCCUUCCCCCUAAUCCUCUAGUGGCUGUCUCAUUGACAGCCACUAGAGGCGCUUGCGUGCUUCUCACUGUGAUUUUCACAGUGAGAGCACGCCAGCGUCCAUAGGAAAGCAUUGUAAAUGCUUUCCUAUGCGACCGGCUGAAUGCGCGCGCAGCUCUUGCCGCGCGUGCGCAUUCAGCCCAAGGAGGAGGAAAGAGGAGGCAGAGAGCUCCCCGCCCAGCGCUGGAAAAAGGUAAGUUUUUAACCCCUUUCCCCUUUCCAGAGCCGGGCGGGAGGGGGUCCCUGAGGGUGGGGGCACCCUCAGGGCACUAUAGUGCCAGGAAAACGAGUAUGUUUUCCUGGCACUAUAGUGGUCCUUUAAGAUCAUAAUUAGACAUCCAGUGCUCAUUUCAAUUACAAUGUUUAUAAUAUUGUGAAGUUUAUUAGGAUACAGUUCAUCUUAAUAAUGUGCAUUCUUUUCUCUCUAAUUUCAUUCGUUGUAGUUUGUCCAUUAUUCACAGGAAAAAAAUAAACCAUUUAUGUCCUGGUUUAAUAUUUUUGGAUAAGAUUUUCAAAUAAUUUAUCAGUUUGAAAAAUAAUUUUAAUAUUUUAACAUGUUUAUAUUUUUUCAUAUAUUGAUACAUUUUGUUUGAUAUGAUAAUACAUUUUUUUGACAUUUACAAUUUUGAACACCAUUUUACAAGCUUAUCAAAAAAAUAGUAAAUAAUUUGAAAAUGUUAUUUAUCUUAGGUAAUUUAUUUUAGAUAUAAUUAUCUUCGGUCAGGAUUUAAUAUUGUUGGAUAAUCUUUCCAAAUAAUUUAAUAUAUUUGGCUAAGCUUUUAAAAUAUUUUUUUCAACAUCUUAAAAUAUCAUAACUAUAUCGUGUGUGUGUGUGAUCACCAUAUCUCAACAUAUUACAAGAUUUUAAUAUUUUUCAUAACAUUAAAUCAAUUUAGAUGUUUAUCCACAAAUAUUAAAUAAUUUGAAAAGCGUAUAUACCAGUAUUAAAUCAAAGUCUUAGAAAUAUGACCAUUUCACAUAACAUACUAUAAAAUACUUCUUUAGAGUGGAUGCUUGGCUCUUUUUGUAGUGUCUCGCUGCUAUUUUAGAGAAAUAUCUUGUUGCAUAUUCAGUGGCCGUUUCCGAAGAGAACAUGAGCGCCAUGGAGAAACUACUAAGGAGGAAAGAUGAGAUGGAUUCUGAGCUGCAGGGUUUGAAGGAGGAAUUAGAGAACAAUAUCAAACAUAUUCAGAAACUGGAAGAAACAUUGACAAAAACACACAUAUCAUUGGAAGAGAAGCAAUCCGUUGUGCAAACUCUUACAGAAGAACUUAGGUGAGUGAUCCAUAAAGAAGGUCUUCAUCUUGAAGCCUGAUGGGUCUCCAGUGCUUUGAUUGCCACUCUGGUGUAACCAAGAUACAAAUGACACACUGUAUUUUUGGUUUUAGACACUUGUAACAUUGAACACACAUGAUAUUUGCUUUUGACUUGGGUUUUCUCUGUAAUGGCCUAUAUGAGUCAAGUCCGGUAAAUGUUAUUUAUCUCUAAUUUCAGAACGUGUAGAAGUGAACUUGAGGACCGAGAACAUGAAAUACUUGACAUGAAUCAGGCUCUAAAUGACAGAAAUUGGGAGCUUAAGCAGAGAGCUGCACAGGUAUUCUAGAUUAAAUGGUUCAUUGUGGUCUAGAUCUCUGUUCUGUACAAUCCUUUUUCAGCACUAUGCUGGGGGAGAUUGACAUUUCGGCAUACCAAGUAACGAGGUUCUCAAUGCAGAGUUAUGCUGUUAAGAUUCAGUGAUUCCCCUUCAAAGCCCUUUCUGUUUGCCGGCCAAACACACACACACACACACAGGGUUAAUUACUAAAGCAAAAAUUCAACGUAAAUUGAAAGGAAAUUUCAAAAUUAAGGUCAAGAUAGCCGAAAUUGCAAAAAACCUAUGUCAUGUAUGCUUUCAGUUUGGCUGCUCUGCCCUUAAAUUUGAUAUUUACUUUGAAUUCUCACUUUAGUAAUUAACCUAACCGUAUUUACAUGUGAGCUGCAUGAUCACUGUAAAACAAAAGAAUGAGUAGCCCAUUUUGAGAGAAACCUUAUCUCACUCCCUACCCAGGGCAACCUCGUUUGCUAAUAAAACCACUUCAACUCAAUAACCACAAACAUAUUUGUGUGUGUGUGUAUAUAUACAACACAUCACAAAUGUGUUUAGUCAAGUCACUUUAUUUGGCUAUGAAGGACUAAAUCUGACACAACAGGUUCUCUUUAAAAGAGUGGAGGUGAACUGAUAAGUAAUUAAGAGAAUAAAUUAACCCUUUUCAAAUAUAUUGAAUGACCAAUGCAUGAACUUUUCAGCUAAACCAGUUGGACAUGAGCAUUCGGGAACAUAAAGGAGAAAUGGAACAAAAGAUUAUUCGAUUGGAAAGUGACCUAGAGAAAUCAAGGAUAGAAACGGAGGAUCUUCUUAAGCAGGUUAGCCGCUUGUAUGUAAACAGUAGUAUUUUGUGUUUCAUCAAACUAUUUACUGUAUAUUGGAGAAGACAUUUGUUUGUUGGUUGGACAGAUUUCCUAGUCGUGUGAAUAACCUUUCUAAACUGGUAAAAAAUGCUUUGUUUUUACCCGUCUGGGUAUAUUCACUAACUAUAAAGUACGGCUUUGUCCAGAAGAACUUUCCGCGUGAAGUGUUCUAAUUUAUAAUGUGAAAAUAAGCCUGCUUCUUGGUAUCUGCUCUAUGACCUAUCUGUUUGCUACCAAUCUGACUACAACAUAUCCUGAUUAGAAAUAAAAACAUAUUAUCUCAUAAUCUGCAACAAUAGCCGCCAUGAAAAUCCAUCACUUGCUGCCCUGUCGGUAAAACCACUAUACUUCAACAUUAUAAAUUACUAAAUAGAUAGUAUUUGACCCCCUGACGAAUAGCAAGAAUGUUUCCUGUUGCGGCCCUUCCUUGGACUUGGCUAUGACAUCCCCCCGGCUCUCAAUAAGCUGUAGUGAUUAUAGUGUUUAAGGUGUCCCUUUAAAUGUAUUAUUGUUAAAACCUAUCACUUCAGGCUGUGUAACAAACGCGUCUGUUCUUGCACAGAUUUCCUGUUUAGAUGAAAGAAAUCAACAGUCAAGAAAUGAACUUUGUGAAAAAGAUUUUGAGUUACUCCAGAAAGAUCAAACUAUAAAUCAACUUAAAAAGGAGAUUGAGAAACAUCGCCUAACCAUUGAUGAUAUAGAAAGGGUAAGUACUGUAAAUAUUAAUAUGUUUAUAACAGACAAACAAAUACACAAAAUAAAAAUCGGUUGUAAUCUACUUAUGUAUACAGAACUUACAAACCAUUUGGGGAAUGACAUGUAAAAAUCCCAAUAACAUUAAUUGAAAGCAGAAGAUGGAAUUUGAUUAUAAAGAUUCAUAUUUUUCUUAACUGUUUUGGUGCUGAGCUGGUCAAAAAAAACCCUGAUGUUAAAGGUAAUGAACAAGCAGUGGGCAGACACGGGCUCAGUGAGUACAUGUGCAAGAAGACCAUUUCUACCACUGUAGCUUUCAGCCUUUACUCCAUUGUUUGGUACUCUAUUCAUUCUAACUAUGGGGUAUCCGAAAGUCCAUGGAAUAGGGUCACAACAACACUCAGACAUUCCAUAUAGUAUCCUUAAAUUAAUAUAAAAUAAAUAGUUUUCUUUAAAAAUAUCCUUUUGUUUAUGCCAACGCGUUUCACAAUGUUGAUUUAUAUUUGCUCCAUCAACAUUGUAUUUUAGACGGUGAAAGCUCAGGAAUUCCUAGUAUCGGAACAUCACCAGGAAAACCUGGAUCUGAACCAGCAAGUAAGGCUGGCACGAGAGAGGAUGCAACUCACUCACCUGGAGCUAGUCGAUUCCCGGCAACAGCUGGCUGAGGCUCAGAAAGAAUCAGACAGUCUUCACCAGAAGCUGGAAGCCAUGGAUCAGGUUUCCAGAGAAAAGGUAACUUUGAAAGAGCCCAUGUAGCUACUGCUGCCCAGUCAUUUUCAUUGUUCUUGUUUCACUCUCAAUUUAUCUUUUUAAACCAAUCCUCAUUUUUUUAUAGCAUCUGAUACUGCCAUUAUUGUGUUUGAUUCUGUGUCUAAGGAAUUGAAAUCAUGGAAUAAAACAUUGAACAUGCUCUAUAACUGUUUUAUCAUUUAUCUAAUUCUCUUUUGCUCUCUCUAAGCUGGCUGCCAAGUGUUUAUAACAUUGAUUGACAGCCCUGCCUGUACCGUGAAAUGCCUUUCACAUAAACCAACACUAUUUCAUGACUCCAGUUACAGGCAGUGUAGCUGUAAUCACAGUUUGACUGGUAUAUUUCACUAUCAAAAGUAACAAAAAGAAGGCAGAGACAAAAAUCUACACUCCAUGUUUGCCCUAUAUUACAUAUAUAUUUCAUUGUAUAUGGUAAUAUUUGGGUUUUAUGUGAGUUUAUAUUGUGUACUGUGUGCAUGUAAUGUAGAGCAAAAUUGGAUUAUGGUGAACAGAGUGUACAGUUAUAUAAUCUGUCCUCGGGUUUUUAAAAUAUUUUUUUUCUUUCGUAAAUGAUUGUAAGUGCAUGCAUUACUUUUGAUGAUUUUGGAAGUGUUACCUAUUAGCUCAGGCUGUCAUUUUCUUUUUCUCCCAAAAUGGGAAGAUUUUGUUUCCUUUUUAAUAAGAUAUGAAUAUGUUUCUUGGCAGCUACAUCAGAUGAAGCAGGAACUGAAAGAAUCACAGGACACAAUCUGCAACAUAAAGACAGAGCUUGAAGCCAGGAACGAGGUGAUCAAGGCCACCAAUGAAGUACUCUUUAUGAAGGUGAGGCAGUUUGGUAGUCUGUCUGUUUGGAAAAGUUGAUUACGGAAACCAUGCCAGCUGUAGUGGUUAUGGUGCCCUUGUGCCUUCCCAGUGUAAAUCGUCAAACGGUUUAACAACAGACAACAUACGUGAGGUCAGCUGGGCACCACGUGACAUUGAGGCCCCUGCAAGGAGUUUCUUUUAGUUUUCCUAAGCGAAGUACCCCAGUGCAGGGAAGGCUCAUUAGUGUUAGCUGAGAACUCUCUGGCAAUGAGCCAAAGCAUGUGUGGCCCAGCUUGGCUCACUACUGCAUCUUCCAGACUUCAGAGGAGGAGAUAAGGGCCUUGCAGAUGCCAGGUAAGUUGUCAAAUCUUUCUUAUCAUUUGACUAAUUCAACAGAAUGCAAAGAGCUAGUCCCAGGUUCUCCAAUGGGAACAAUGAUAUAGACUCGGUUGUGUCUAUAUGCUAAUGGGUUUCGUGCCAAUACGGCUCAGAAAUACUGAGAGCAGCAUUAUUUAGAAACAUGAUAGACUAGAGGUAAAUACGAAUAUUGUAUCUUCCUGAUUUUACUUGACUUUCCUAGAAAUGUGAUAAUAUAAUGGGAAUCAACUCAGGUCAAUGGUCACAUAAUUUAUAUUCUGAUGCUUUUACCGGUUUAUCAAUAAUAUUAGGCACUAUUUACAGUCGGAGAAAACAUUCUUUUAUUUCCCUAAAUUAUCUUCUGCAUUUUAGGAGUCGGAGGUUACACGAUUAAAAGCCCGCAUUUCAGCAUAUACGAGAACAUUGGGUGUCAAAACCCAGAAUUCAUCCAUUCACAGUUCCGAAUUGUUUAAUGAAUACAAUCCACUGGAAUCCUAUAAAUAUAACGAGACCCAGAAGAUGAGCAGAUCUAUAAGUGCAAGUGAUAUAAGCCUGGCAGAUCUUAAUUCCCUUGAUCUACCUGAGACAAUGCUUGAAGAUAUAAAGAGCAUUUCUCCUUCUGACAUAACCAUGAAUAACAUUGGUGGGGUCCAUCAUGUGUCCUCACACAGUAUCAAUGACUCCUCAUUCAACCCUCUUGAGUACACAGUAGAAGAUAAAUGUGAGACGGCCUCCGAUUGCACAGAUCUUGGUACGCUCAGCGGGAUGCUUAAGUACAUAAAGAAGGAAAUGAAAAGAUCAUCUGUCUCUCCUGACCAUAGUCCUACCAAGAAUAUGUGGAUCGAUGAUGGGUGCCAAGGAAAGCAGGUUUGUGUCUGUUUAUACCAUCUGAAUGUAUAAUUCUGUAAUAUACAUAGUUUUUAGCAUUAUUGUACUGUGGUCCAAAUGUGAUUUUCCAUGUUACAGAUAACCACCAUGUACAUAUUGUUGUAGGCCAUGGUAAAUGAUCUACUCAUGGUGACAGUACGCACUAAUCAAGUAAUUCAUAAAGGUUCAUUUGCAUUUUGGCCAUAUAUUCAAUUGAUGUCUAGAAACAGGAGAGAAUAUUGGAGUGGUAGUGAAGUACCGUUCUCACGCAUGUAGGGGAAAUUGUGACCUCCACCUAUGUUAAUGGCCUGGUGUCUUCACCCUUUCUUCUUGCUCCAUUGCAGGAGGACCGUGGGAGUGAAAGAACCAUGUUUUCAGAUGUGCAUAUAUUGAAAAAUAAACAUGAAUACCCUGAAUAAAAUUGGAAUGCUACGAAUAUAGUAUACAGGCUUCCAACUUUAAUAAACUGUAAAACACAUUUUGAUGAAAACAAGGCAUUUCUUCACAUAUAGUGUGCAAUUUCACCAACUCAUGCCGAGGUACCUACAUCACCAUAUACCAUGUUUACAUAACAGUCCAUGGUAGCUUGAGAGGGUUACUGUCAAAGAUAUUAGGUUGCCAUUCUGUUAAACGUAAUGUGUGAAUACAGAUUAGCUCCAUCACAUCAGGUUUCUGUAAGUUGUAAGCUGGGUCCCUUGUGACCUAAAAAUCAAUACAAGCUUAUUCCGGUAGCUGUCGAGAAAAGGGCCCAGUGGAGGCAUUCUCUUUAUAUCAUUCAGCUGGAUAAUACUGUUCAUUCACCCUAAGAAGAAGUAAUCCGUUUCAUAGCUCCAAUUAGACCUGUAAAUGUGAGAAUGAGGCACGCUAUAUUAACCAUGAAAGGAAAUCAUUGAAAAGCACGAUUGUACUGUCCUGCUGAGAUAACAGUAUGUUUUGAUGAUUUAUAGAACCACAUUUAAUACUAUUAUUUUAUUUAUGAUGUUUGAACAUACUGUGCAGAGUUAAAUGUUGAGAAAAUUGGGGUUUGGUGACAUUCUGUUCGAUUUAAUGAAAGUAUGAAGGCUCAUGCUAAAAGGUUUAAAAGAUCUUUCUUUACCAGCAUAGCCAGGGGUAUUAACUAAACCAAGACAUUUCAGGAAUUGACCUGAUCAAUGCAAUUUUAGGCCAAAAUAGCCAAAUUGAGAACAGUUGCUGUGUGUAUCCGAGAAGGCAGUGCAGUUUUUAUAGUAAUUGAUGGGUUAAUCCGUGUAUGCUAUGUCAAUGAGUAGUCUGGCAGGACUUGAUCUCCAUUCUAGUACUGCUGAUUCAUUUUACCAGCGACAUUUCCUUGAAUUAUGCAAAUUAUAUCUUCUAUGGAAAUGUCUCGAUUUGCAUAUAUAAAUGAAGAUUAUUGUAGUUACCGUUAAAGUCCUUUUAGCAUUUACCAUAAUAGUGAAUUGUUUGCAUUCUUUCCCUGAAAUCUUAUUUUUUUAAUUCAUUUUUUUUACAAGUGGAAUAGUGCACCCAAAGAUCUAUAUAAAGUAUCCUUUAAAAUGUUCCUGUUGCAUUCCUCGUACUGGAGAGAUGCAAGCAUUAGCCAUUACUUCCCUGUGGGAUGUUUAACCCCUUAAGGACACAUGACAUGUGUGACAUGUCAUGAUUCCCUUUAUUCCAGAAGUUUGGUCCUUAAGGGGUUAAAGUUGAUAUCUGUAAAACAAAUUGGAAUUAUUUAUUUUGUACUGCGACCGUAACACUAUUUCUACAACAUAAAAAUAAUUUGUAGUUGACAUAAAUUGUUUCCAUCUUUUUUCUUUUUUUCUUUUCAGGUAUAAAUACAGAUCUGAAAAGGAAAUUACUGUUUUGUAAUCCAACGUGUAUUUUUAGAUAUGUGUUUUCUAUGUUUAUAUUUAUUUGUAAAUGUUUAAUUUAUAUAUUUUUAUACAUUUUUACAGUCCGUUUCUAUAGUGGAGCAUUCUUUUAAG